ACCAAAGCAAAGACUUCUGUGACAAGGUUACUUCACAACAAUGGCUACUCUUCUUGGUCUCCGAAGCCACUUGACCUUUCCCAAAACGACAGUAAAACCCUUUGCUGUUCUGAAUCAAACUCACAAAAUGCGAGUCCCGUUUGAGCUGAAGCAAGGGCAGAACCGCCGUUUCCACCAGCUGCCUUCUGGUCUGAACAUGGAGGUGAUUGAACAAAAGAGAGAGAGAAGCGAUAAGCCAAACCCACCUUUGGUUUUUGUUCAUGGAAGCUACCAUGCAGCUUGGUGCUGGGCUGAGCAUUGGUUUCCUUUCUUCUCUGCUUCUGGGUUUGAUUGCUAUGCUGUUAGUUUGCUGGGUCAGGGUGAAAGUGAUGCACCUCCUGGUACUGUUGCUGGUUCUCUCCAGACACAUGCAGAUGAUGUGGCUGACUUCAUCGAGGAAAACCUCAGCUUGCCUCCCGUCUUGCUUGGACAUUCAUUUGGAGGGCUAAUUAUUCAGAAUUAUAUUGCAAGGCUAAAAACUGAACAAUCUAUAGAAAUGAAAACUUCAUAUCCAGAAUUAGGGGGAGCCGUGCUUGUCUGCUCUGUGCCCCCUUCGGGCAACAGUGGGUUAGUGUGGCGGUAUCUGUUUACCAAACCCAUUGCCGCUUUUAAGGUGACACGUAGCUUGGCAGCUAAAGCUUUUCAGACAGAUUUGUCUCUUUGUAAGGAAACUUUUUUCUCUUCAACAAUGGAAGAUCAUCUUGUCCUACGUUAUCAGGAGUUGAUGAAAGAAAGUUCAAGGAUGCCUUUGUUUGAUCUGAGGAAGCUAAAUGCAUUACUUCCAGUUCCUUCAGUGCCAAAAUCUUCUAUUGAAGUUCUUGUUUUGGGCGCAAAGGACGACUUUAUAGUGGAUGCGAAAGGACUCAGCGAAACAGGGGAGUUUUAUGGUGUAUCACCGGUCUGUGUCGAAGGGGUUGCCCAUGACAUGAUGUUAGAUUGUUCAUGGGAGAAAGGUGCAGCAAUUAUACUAUCAUGGUUAGAUGGUUUAAGCAGAUAACACCCAGUUUUCUGUAGAGGAAAUCCAUUGAGGCAUUACUUAAUCUGGUUAAAGUGAGGGCACACAUCUAGGUUUUGCUUCUUCAAGAAGUUCUAUUUCAAGGCAACAUGAAUUUGAGAGAACCAAAUGCUGUAUGGAGAAAUUAGUAUAUCUACUUUGCUUCUUUAGGCAGUGGUAAUUGAAAAUAAUUUCCAAGCACAUAAGAAAUUACUGUGUAGGCAGAUGUUCCUAUAAGAAUGUGGAAAGGGCCCAAAAUAACCGGCCGUUCCUUCAAUUGACCCAUGAUAACUGUCCAUGAUUACUUCAAAUUGGGCCUGUUUAGCAAAAGAUAUGCCCGGUCAAGCCCAAUAUUGUUAACACAGCCCAUUUUAUUAUACUAAUGUCAAGUCCAAUAACAAUUAUUUUAUCAAUUAAAAGUGGUGUGAAAUCCU